CUUUUCCUGAUGAACUUUCAAUUUGGUGGGAUUUGAAAACAGGAUUUAUCAGUUCCAGGGUCAACCUGUCACCAUCAUCACAUCAAAUUUGACAUUUUUAGCUUGAAAAGUGUGCAUGCGCCUCAUGUGUCAUGUGUCUCUAAAUUCAAUUCUGUAAUUGCUUUGCAUCUGUGACGAGUAGGACAACAAAAGCUCACCACACACAUCAGUGACCUUCUUCUCUUCAUACUACAGCAAAAAGUUUGGCAAUAUGUGCUUUUAAAUCAUUUAGGGGAAUGUUUAUGAUAAAUUAAAUUCUGUAACAUUUACAUUCAAUAGUUUUGUGUAUGUGAAGCAUAGGACUACGAUUAUUACUAAGGAUUUGCGACAAUGCACCUUUAUUUUAUGAAAUGUACAAAUGAAAAUACCUAAAACAAAAAACAUUUAAUAAAAAUGGCAAACUCAAUGUAAUUUAAUUUCUCUUUUAAAACAAAUUAAUCGUUAUAUUACUGUACAUAUUAUUUUAUUACAAUACUGUAACUAUUAAUUAGAAAUCCCACAGUUUUUGAAUGUUUAUUGUGAGCUGCGAUUUGUCCUACUUUUUUGACUGUCGUUGAACGUACCACCCACGUUCUCGAUGCAAAGAAGAAUGUAUGGAUGUAUUUGGAUGUAUUUUACCCCCUUUUUCUUUCACCUCAUAUUUUCUCCCAAAUGCUGAUACUAUGUGAGAAUUCAUAAAGGUAAGAUUUGAUGACUUUGAGUGCUAAUGUGCAUCUUUGUGGUAGUUCGAUGCUACAUCGCUAACGCUAGCAAAACACUGGACUUAGCCACGGUCAUCACAAGGGUAUCAAUGUACCCUUUUUUCCCCAUUUCUGCUCAAUAUUUCAUCUUCACCAAGCAGCAGUUGGAAAAAACUGCUGUAAUUUUAUGAGAAUAAAGUCAAAAUGUUAAAAAAAUGUAACAACAAUAUGAAUGAAAACUUUAAACCUCCUAUUUUAACAUGUGCUCAAAUGACACUGAGAAUAAUUGUUUACAUCUCGCCCUUCCUAUCUACGUUUAAAUACACGAGUAAAUAAUAAGAAUGUAAUUAAUUAAAACGAAUGUUUAGUGUACUGUAUAAACAAGUUUUGUUUAUAUAUGAUUUAUUCAUCCAAGUAUAGCAUUUGUGUUGUCCAUGGAGAUGAAUGUCCACAUUAGUGAUUGUGCGCGUUACCAGUAUCUUUCAUUCCCAGAAUGAAGCCUUCACCGGGGCGGCCCGGCGGGGCGGAGCUUAGACUCAGUGCAGAUUCCUGGAAAGCUUGUAGAGAGAAGCCAGCGCGAGAUUCCCGGGAGCGCGCGCCGCUUCAAGCGUAGGCAGCGGUGGAGGGCGGCGCUGGAGGGCACUCGCACACAAAAAAAUAAACCCCACACACAAUCUAGACAAGAAAUAUGGAAUCACUACGCUAAUCUGAUAAUUGGGGUGUUUUUUUUUAAGUCGAUUGUGAAAAGAAGAAAAGAAGCGAGGACUGAGCACGCGCGCCCACACGAGCUUUGGACUAUGCGGCAGUACCCUGGUGACGUCACAGCUGCCGGUGCCGAGAGGCGUUCUGAGAAUAGACUUCUAGGAAAUUGUCCUUUUUAAAAGACUAGCCUUUCCCUCUCGUCCUUUGCACAUUCGACACACACUCCAUCCGCGCAGACUUGUCUCCUUUUUUAUGACCGCUAACAUAUUACAUUCUUUGAUUUGAUUUGAACAAAACACGCUAACAUAUUUACACACUUUUAAGCUAACGUGUUGUUUUGGCUGUAAUUCUUUUCUUCAAGUUGGACCUUUUUUUGUUUUUGUUUUUUUUUACAAGACUUUUUUUCUUUGACAGUUCUCUUUUUUUGGGGGGGAAAGAAGGAAUACAACUGGAUUCACCUUUGUGGACUGAUGAACUAGUAUAGUACUGUAUAUACUGUAGUAUAUACAAGUACAUACUGUAAUAGUAUGAUUCUAUGUGUACCAGGUCCCCGAGCACUUUUGCCCACUGCUCCAUCCACUGAGGCCCCCCAGAGGGGCAUGCGGGCAGGCACAGGAGCAGCUACGCCUUGCCUUCAGAGCAGCACGUCGCUAUGGGACCCCACCAAAGACUUGCGAGCGAUUGCGAGCAACUUCUGCUACCUAGAGACAUCAGGGUGGUACUGGGGGAGUGUAAGCGCAGUUCAAGCCCACAAUGCACUUCAAGAGGCAUCUGAAGGGGCUUUUUUGGUACGGGACAGCAGCCACCCUCUCUACAUGCUUACCCUCUCGGUGAAGACGGCGCGGGGCCCCACCAGCAUACGCAUCCAGUACAGCUGCACUCAAUUCCUACUGGACUGCAGCUCCCCGGCCAGACCCAGCCUGUCGUCGUUCCCCGACGUGCCCAGCCUGGUGCAGCACUACAUGGGACCAGAGAGGAGAGCGGAGGACGGCCGGUCGGAACAGCAAGCCCCUUCCAAAACCGCAAUCCAGGACGCGGCGUCGGCGUCGUCGGUGGUGUUGAAAUUAAAGCGAGCCGUGUACAAACCCCAGAGCCUGCCGUCUUUGCAGCACCUCACACGCUUGGUCAUCAACAGGCACUCGGACUGCCACGAGCAGCUACCACUCCCCAGGCCUCUGCUGCGCUUCUUGGAGGACUAUCCCUUCAAGGUGUGACGAGGACAGAAACCAACAAAAAAAAAAAAAACCUGGGAAUGACGAUGCUGCUUUGGAACUUUGAGGAGGAAAUGUUGGACACAGGGUCAUUAUUUUUAAAUUCACUUCAUAUCAGCCAAUGUGUGUGUGUGUGUGUGUGUGUGUGUGUCACAUUUGGACUGGACUGCAUUACAUGUACACACAGUGAUUCCUUUUACACACCGUUGCCAUUUUAUUUUUCUCAGUAAAUAAUUUUUCUACAUUUUA